UACGCGUUUUUUUAUUUAGCUAAAAAACACAAAAAAACUCCCCUGUACCACGCGUUUUUUCGUUGGUUUGGUUUUUCGAAUUGUCAUUGAUUCAUUGAGCCCCUUGUCUGUGUCGCUGAAUGCGUGUGUGAGUGCUGGUGAAUACAUUCAAAAAAGCAGCCAAGCGACAUUGAUGUUGCCUGCUGCUGCCGUCCGCUUUUGCAUCGGAUCGGACCAGAAUAUAAUGAAAAUAAAGUUAAAUAAAAUAUAAGCUGAAACGCCUUCAGUGGACGGACACAUGGAGUCACGGGGACCCAUGCUAAAAAGAGAUAUCAACACGCUCCACUAUCGCGCGGACAGCUCUGCUCUUGUCAUUCCAGCCAGCGCGCCAGCCCACACAGACGCAGUACAGUCGCAGUCACAGACUCAGUCUCAGCGGUAGAAAAGACUCAAAUUAGACCGUGAAAGCAAUAAUAUCAAAAGAGAGGCAAAUAACCAGCAAAGCGUGCAAAAGGAAAAGCCAAGAAAAUUAUCGUUUGGGAGGGGGCAGUUCUUUUGUACACACAGUAGCAGUAGCCAGGGCCUAAAAUAGCUAGAAAAUUAUUAUUAUGAUAAUAAAUUAAAGUUGCCAUUAAUUUAGCCAAAACGAAACGCGAAGCAGCUCGUAGCCAGCUCGCAGUCAGUUCGCAGCCAGACCGACCCUAGACCCGCUGGACGGUAGCAUAAUAACAAUAAAUAAUAAUUUGAAAUAGGCGAAGAACCAGAACAAAAAGGCAGAAGAAGCCACUGCAGCCUCCUACAAUCUCCUCCUCCAAUCCUCUAGAGAAAGAGAGCCGCAGCAACAGCAAAAAAGCUUAAACAAAAAGAAGACUCUGAAGAAAACCAAAAGCAGCUCGAGCGCAUCGAGCGUGCAAAUUAAAAGCGCACAACAGUAGCUCCCGAGGAGCUCCAACCAGAGAGCUAUAGCCACAGCAACAUGGAAGUGGCUACAACAAACAAUCACAGUCAGAGCCAUCAUCAUCAUCAUCAUCAUCUGCAGGCUGUGGCAGCAGUGGCAGCCCAGUCCCAUGGCAGUGUUGGUGUUGGUGGUGGCGGGGGGGUCUCCGGCUCCGGCUCCCGUUCCCCCUUUCAGCGUGAGGUGCGUGAAUGGCAACGCAUCGAUCCCAAUACUGGUGCCCUGUUUAGCGGACGUUUGGAAGCAGAUCGCUGGAUAAAUGGACCACUGAACAGCUACGGCAAGAUAUCCGAUUCCCAAAACAUCUCACAGCCAAACGGCACACAGCACACACAACGCAAGCAGUUGGAGGUGCUGAAGGCACGCACCGCCAACGGCGCCAUGCAGGUGAUACGCACCCAGACAGUACAAAAGACCUCAUCCACCAGCACAUCGCGAGGUUGGGCCACAUCCUCCACAUCCACCACGACCCGCACCAGCAACGGCCACCUCGGCAGCAGCACUGAUCCUUCUCCGCCAUCCCAUAUGCCGUCCAUCUGGGCCCCGCCAUCCAUUUCGAGGCCUUCCUCUCAGAGUGUUGACAUCUGUGAGCUUAGCGAUGAUAAUAGCAGUCUCAGUCGCAGUCUCAGCAGCGAUGUUGGCAUCGUAUCCCCAUCCGCGUCUGCAUCCGCGUCCAUGUCCACGCUGAGCAAGCGCAAUGGCCAGGAGCUCAUCGACGAUCAUGUUGAUUUUGUUGUGAUUAAUGGUGAAGCCAGCGAUCAAGACGCUGACGACGUCGUCGUCGCUCAUUUGCACAAACUCGGCCACAAUUUGUUACCCGAUACAGCUCCAAGUCUGAAAUUGAGCAAUCUAAUGAAAAGCAGUUCGAGUAUUUCCAGCCAAAGCAGCAACAAUUCAAAUUUAACAACUGCAACAGCCACAGCGGGCAACACCCACAGAAGUGCGGGCAAAAUAAGCCUACAUGCAAUUGUUGGACCAGAAUCAUCAUCAUCCACCACAUCCACAUCCACACCGUCGUUGUCGUUGUCGUCCGCAUGGGCCAAGCAGCAGCAGCAGCAGGCCGACUUAUAUGGCCAGCCACCAGCCAGCAGCAGCAGCAGUCGCGUGGGUGUAUCCCAAGCUCAGCCGCAGCCUGGUACUGGAGCUGGAGCUGGAUCUGAUGCUGACGUAGCUGUUGUUGUUGGUAGUACGCCAACGCGACUUCGUCGUGAUUUGGAAAGUUUCCGGCAUUAUAACGAUGACGCUGCCAACGACGAUGAUUUGCGGCUCAGUGCACGGCAUCAGCGUCGCCAGCAGGUGUCCCAGUCGGUCUACGCACCACCCUUGGCAUCCAUCGGCACAGGACUGGGACUCCAGCGAUCACGCUCCAUAUCCACGGAUGAUCUCAGCAACGAUUGGGAGCGGAACGAGGAGCAGGAACAGGAGCCAGGCGAGUGGCGACGCGUCAGUAAGCUGCGUCGCUCCUUUCAGUCGCAGGAUCAUUACAAGACAGCCACGAAGACGUCCACCAUCACACGGCCCCGUCCCCUUGACUUGCCCAGCAAUUCGGUGAGUGUGGCCCGCAUGCGAGCGGAGCUGGAGAACGGUCGCCGCCUGAACACGGCCAUGCGGAACAAUCACGUGGAUCUGGCCGCCCUCGACACCAUUUUGAACAACCCACAACAAACGACCAAGCCGACGGUGGCCAAGAGGAACACUUUCCUCACGGCCGAAUCCCUGCAGGAAAUACGCGGCAAGCUGAAGAAACUCUCCGACGAGAGCUUGUACAAGGAAGACUUCCUCGCAUAUCACCAGGCCAGACCCAAGCUCAGGGAACAAUCCGAGGAGUUGCACGUUCCCGUGCAAGUGGCUGCCCCACUGCCUGCACCCUCCGCCUUCCGACCCGUCCACAACACCCACAGUCUGGAGUCGCGCCAACGUCAGAAGGACACCAGCUCCAGUGAAUGGCAUUUGCGUCGAAAGUCCUACGGCUUUGAGAAGAUGUCGCCACCGGAGGAUAAGAGUAUCUUUCGGGUGGAUGCCUCCACGGACAGUGGACUGGGACGCUCGGGCGAGCAGCUGGGCAAUUGGUCGCCCACGGAGAGGGAACGAGAGCGCUCCGCAGCCGCGGCAGCAGCAACAGCUCAUCUGAACAAUGGUGGAGGCACCAUUAUACACUUUGGACGCCUGCCCAAGCCCCCUGCCAGUCCUGCCAACGAGGGGGAGCUGAGCAAACGGCACUCCAUCGCCGUGGAAGAGACCUGGCGCGACAUUCGCAAGACAUCGCAGGUGCAUGUGAAUGGCGGGACUGUAGCUACCACCAGCACCAGCACCACUAAUAGCAGCAGUCACCUUCAGCGGAGUAGUGCCCAGAAGCGAGUGGAAUUCUGCAAGACAGAGGUACACUUUGCCGCCGAAUCGGGCCGGGUGAACAUUGUCGAGACAGAUGGCAAGCCGCCGCCCACGAAUAACUUUCGCCGACGACGACGCACCACCGCCAGCGGACCGCUUCAGAGUCUCGUGAAAUCAGCCAGUGCCGGGACCAACAGCAGCAGUAGCAGCAGCACCUCGAGCAGCACAAGCCACGACAAUGUGACCCACUUUGGGGAUGAUCCACAGCGACGCAAGACGAUAGCCACCAGCACAGUGGCAUACAGAGCCACUCUGAUGGAUCCCCCGGAGGUGGUUAGCCAGCCCACAUCGACAUCGACAGCAACAUCAUCCCAGGUGACAGUCACGACAUUGGCCAAACCAGUUCUAGAGCCACGCUUCAGUCUGACGGAGUCGACGUCACGGAACAGCUACACCUCGACCAGUGGCGUGGAUACGACAGACAAUGAAACGGAUGAGCUGUCCAACAUUCGGGGGAUACUCAAGAACAAGCCGGUGAAGCCGAAACCCUAUCAUCUGGGGGAGAAUAUCGAGAGUGCCGAUGUCCUGUGGAGUGUCCCGGCAAUGAAGGGGGAACGGGAGAGUCCCUCAGGCAGGGAUAGUGGAAUCACUAGUGACUCUCCCAUAUCAGUUAAAUCGGUGGCCGAACGCAUACGGAUUGUGGAACAGCGACAACAAAACCAGAAGCAACCCUCGCCCGCAGGCAAUGGAUACUCGACGAAGAUCAAUGUGAGCCUGGGCACGGAUGAGUGGCCAGAAUCAGGCACACACCAUUAUUCUCCACUCCAUCGUCGUCCCAGUGCCCAGGAGUUAUUGCUGGAGGACCUGCGCCAUCAUCAGCGCAUCCUGGAUGAGGGCCUUAAGUCCACAUCGCUCAUCAUGAAGACCAUGCGAUCGGCCAGCGAAUUCGAUGAGGCAAUGCGACGCCUGAGCAUUGCCUCGAUCGAGUCCGCCCUGAUCCAGCCCUCCAUUGUAGUACCCACGCCGAUGCUGCGCUCCCACAGCUACCAGGAGGAGACGUCAUCCUCGCGCCGCACUUCGACCACCUCCAUAACGAGCAGCGAUCUCUUUGGCAGUGCACUGUACGAUUCGUUGCCUCGCACACCGUUGGCGCCGCCGCGUCUCAAGCUGCUAGGCAAUACUCAGAUACCCGUGAGCCAGCAGUUGACCCAGCUCCGGCGGCUGUACGAUGCCGCCGAGCAGGACGAGGACAGUGCCGAUGAGGAAGUGAAGCGAUACUUUCGCGACAACAACAACAGCGACAGCGGCGGCGGCACCCAGGCCAGCUCCUCCCCGGAGCCAUCAGCAAUGCAUCAUCAUCAGCAGGCGGAUGUGUUCAAGGGAAGCGAGUACUCGAGCAGCUGGAGCCGCUUGAAGGCGAAGCGCACCAUCUGGAAGAUUGAGGCACAAGAUCAGAUGCUGCAGCGAGCAGAUCUACCCAAAUCGAAUGUUAUGAACAUAGCCCUCCAUUCGCCGCGUGUGGAGAAGCCCAAGGCCACGCCUCCCACUCUGCGCAUUGGCCAGCUCAUUCCAGUGGCCAAGCCGCGUACCCUCUUCAUUCAGCCGCAGCCAACGUCUGUGGAGACACCUGGAGACGAGUCCGGUAGCGAGUCCCUAAAGAUUGUCAAGGAGGCGCGGGGUGCACGCAAACUCCGCGAACAUGAACUCUCCUACUUUGGAGUCCAGCAACAGCAGCAGCAGAAGCAGCAGCAAACGAAACUUGCCUCGCCCUGUACGAAUCCCAGAAGAACGCUGCCUUCGCGCAGCAAAUUGAGCCACUCGGAUGAGGUGGCACCCACAACGACGACCACCAAGUGGCAGUUGCUCAACGAUCGACCAGACCUGCUAAGGCACAGUCCACAGGACAACGACUACGAAGACGACGACGAUGAUGAUGAUGAUGAGCACUGUUAUGAGAACAUUGCCAACGAGUUGACCACAACAUUCCGGGUGAAGUCGCCCUCGCCUUCGCCUUCGCGAUCCCGAUCCCCCGGCAGCUACGAGCGGAAGACAGACCUGCAAAGGGAUGCACAGAUCCUGAGCGAAAUGACCCGUAACGCUGAUCAAACUUUGAAGGCUCUAUCUGAUGAAGCGGCCAUCAAGGAUCAGCGACGACGAUCGUGCUCACUGCAGCGUCGCAGUGGAAAACCCCUGGAAACCAUCGACGAGAAGGUCAACAAGGUCCACAAUGGGGACCGCCAAUCGCUGAGUGUGGCUCGUGGCACCUUCGCCUCGGAGGCGCGUCGCAAUUCACGACAGUCCACGCCCUCGCCCACGCCCACACGGGCACGCAGCUCCUCCCAAUCGUCCAUCGAGUGCUGUCCCCGUGACCGUUCCCGAUCCAGCUCCCGCGAGUCGAACACGCAAGGCGCCGGCUCCUCGGACGACCAGGCCUCCAAGCACCGGGCCGAGCGUCUGCGCAUGCGCACCCCAAAACGCGAGAAGUCGCGUCACGAGCAUCUCGAGCAUCGGUCCAGCCGGCACACACACGCCAGCAAGCCCAGAUCGAGCUCAAGCGCCACAGCCCAUGCUGCGGUUGCCACUUCCUCUUUGGAGCCGAAGCGUAGCUCCUAUCACAGCUCUCACCGUCAUCGAGAGGUGGAACACUCCAGCGAGAGCAAGCACAGCUCGGGAAGUCGUCUGCUACGAUCCUCACGUGUCAGCGAUGAGAGUCGAUCGCGUCAGAGUGCCCUACGCGAACGGGAACGAGAACGGGAUAGAGAACGCUCCCGGGGCAGCGAGAAGCAUCGCGAAGAGCUGACACGUUCUCGGGGUCACUCCAGUCGCUCUAGGCCCAGUAGCGAGCAAGCGGCUCAGGCAGCCGGGACGCGGGAGAGUAGCAGACCAAGUAAGACGAGAUCAAGUCGCAGCAGUCAUGAAACAACGAUCGCACACAAAAAGUCCACUUCAGCAGCAGCAAAAUCAUCAAAAUCUACAACGCAUAAGCCAUCAGCCAUCACCACAACUACAACUACAACCACCAGCACGAGCACCAACAACACCACAGCUACAACACCAUCCACGCACAACGAACUGACGUACGUAUACGUAACGAAUUUAGCCCAUACAAAAUCCGGGGAGGAGUCGGAAGCUGAGGCCAACGAAAUCAAUGCAGAUACAGAUGCAGAUGCAAAUGGAGAUUAUGCCAGCAUUGAGGAGAUAUCGAAUGCGAGUCCGAUGGUACCACUGCCACCGCCGCGUCGCAAGCGUAAAAGAUCUUUGAUACCAGUGCCCGUGCAGCCCACCGCCUCCUAUGAGUACCGCACCAAGCUGGAGAUGAUUCCGCCCAGCUACUCCAAUCAGUCGACGCUCAGGUGUCGCAGCAUAGCGCGGCAUGGCAUGAAGAAGCCAUCGCUGAAGGCCACCCAGUCGACCAGCUCAAGUUUCGCCUUUCUGCCGUAUCUGCCGGCCAAGCGGAACUCUAGUGUUAGCCACGUCUAUGACAACUAUUUGCUGUACACGGCAGCCGGCGGUGCCAGUGCCAGUGCUAGUCAAAAGCUGCCAAAACUCCGUCCGUAUCAGAACAAUCUCAGCAAUGACCAUGCCCAACUCUUUGGCGGUACGGCCGGUACUGGUGCGGGUGCGGCUACUCGGGGUCCGGGUCGGCUGGGCGGCUGGCCAAAGCGUCUGAGAAUGCGGCAGGUGCGCAGCAGUGUCUCCACCCACCAGCCCUUCGGCAUCUGCACAUGUUCAUAGUCAGUGCUGGAGGCACACGCUCCAUAGACACACAGUACAGCACAGCACACACUCGUAGAGAAAUGAAACCAAAUAUACAUAAGAAAAUAUUGUAUCGGAUACAAGGAUCUCGAUCUCGUCACACAAGUCACAUUUAAAUAAUCCCAAUGCACGAAAAUGUUUGAUAAAUGUCUGAAUAUCCCACACUUCCUUCCACCCCACAAUGAUAAACAUGAUCCUAAUCCCAGCCCCUCCACUGUGUUCCCUUACUAAUACUAAAAACAAAACGAAAACCAAGCAAAACUACUGAUCUGAUCUGUGAGAGAUUUUCGUUGCUAAUUUUUUGAAUAUUGAUUUUUUGGAGCGCACACAAAUCAAACAAAAUCAAAACAA